UCAGCUAUUUGUCUGACCUUGAUAUAUAUUUUAUAUCUAUGUCCAAUUACAGACUCUGGGUGCAUUUAAUUGUUUAUACAGAAAUUGAUUUUUCUUUAGUGUCAUUUUUAGCAAGUGAGGAGGAUGUUUCCUCUCGUCUUGGUCUCCAAAAAUGUUUAUUUUACAAGAUGCGUAUGCUGGCACCACAUAUAAUCUAUGAAGCAACAGCUCCACCUGCUGUAUGUCAAGUCCAACUACGCUUUGAAUGUGAUGAAGUCCGACGAAACCGUUUUUCACAGAUGAGCUGAGCGGAAGGAGGUUAGCGGAAGGUUUUUACCCAUCAUUUUUCCACUUGAAGCUAUGCUGCGGAUUAUUUAUAAUACUAAAUAAAACAAACAUUCAAAAAGUUAAAAACAUAGUAACUGCAGUUUUAUGUAAGAAUCGCACUUGGUUGAUAUCAAAAGAUUGGCGUGAUCGUGAAAGCGAAAUGUGACGAAUGAUCGUUUGCUCUUCAGUGCUGAGGCUGGAAAGACCUGCAGCAUGGCCUGUGCACAACAAUCUGCUGCUGAGUACCUGCGAACAUGCAGGUGUGAACUGGUGACUCGUAUGCAAAAUUAUCCUCUCAUCAUUGAGAAUCUUUAUCAGCAGAAGGUUUUCAAUGACCAUGAUGUUGAUGCUUUCAAAGCAGAGAAGACAGAGUUUGAUAAAGCCAGAUGUAUACUGGACAGGGUCAUUAAGAAGGGGCAAAACGCCAGUUAUGAAUUACUCAGGAUUUUAGAUUUCACCCGGAGAAGGACUCUACAUCCUGAUUUACAUCACUGGAUAAGUUGUUUUUCCUUCAGGGAAGAUGCAGACACUGUCUAUUUACUUGGUACAAAGCCCUGUCAAAACUACCAGAUACAGCUGAAGAAGAAAGCAGAAGAUAUCCUGAAGAAACAGUGGCAACAGAACUGCAAAUAUCUGCAAAACAAGAAAGAAGCAAACUUCAUUUACGUACCUCUUGUUCUAGAGACAGACGCUGUGGUGAAAACUGCUCACUGCAAAAUAAAAAUGAAGUGCAAAAAAUUUAGAAAACUGCGUCCCAAAAAACUAACAUCUUACAUCCCUGAUAAACAAGAAGCACUUACACCCGAAGAUCUGCUGAAGUGGAAAAACAAAAACAUCCUGCUGAUUGGAAAACCUGGAAUAGGAAAGACGACAGUUGUCCAGCAGAUACUGAAAACUUGGACAGAUAAAGAUGAUAAAGAGCCAGACUACAUGUUUUACUUUGAUGAAAGUGUUUUGUCUCACAGUUCAAAGCGGGAGAACUUAAAAUCUUUUUUGUUUGACAUGUAUUUAAAACCAAAUGAGAAAGACAGAAGAGAAAUAUUUCAAGAUAUUGAAGAAAACUCUGAGAAUGUUGUCAUUGUGUUUGAUGGUAUCAGUUGUUUUCACAAACAUUUCAUUCUGAAGAAGAUCAUGAACCGUGAACUUCUACCCGAGGCAAAGAUCAUAAUAACAUGCAGAUCAGAGCUGCAAGAUGAUCCUCUUUAUUCUGACUGGCACUCACAGAAAGUGUAUGUUCAGGGAUUCAGUGAAGAAUCUAUCAGAAAAUACUAUCAGAUGAUGUUGGGUCAUAAUCCUGAUCUUCUGAAUGUUGUGUUGAACAAUCAAGAGCUGUUCAGUCUUAGCUAUGUGCCAAUGUAUGCAUUCAUGACUGCAGUCUUCUUUCUGUUUAAAAAUGACACCGAGCUCAAACAUUCACACACAGUGACGGAAAUGUACAUCCACAUCUUCCGUGAUGCUUUGAAGAAACAUGGGAGAAAAACACUUGGACAAAUAGAUCAAUAUAUAAGUGAGAUCAAAGAUCAGCUUUAUCUCAUGAUGAAAAAUGCAUUCAGUGCAACUGAGCAGAAAAGCCUGAACCUUCCAGAGAUCAGCGGUGAUCAAACAGACAUUUGUUCUGUGUUUCUGAAAUCGAUCACAAUAAGAGACAGUCCAACAUCUGCAGUGACAUACUGUGCAUUUCUUCACAACACAAUGCAGGAAUUCUUCUCCGCUUUGUGGCUUCUUGGGAAUCCAGAUGAAAUUGAGAAAGUCCUGAAACUCUGUCAGACUGAGGAGAAUAAACACAUGAGAUAUGUUCUUCAUUUCCUCUGUGGACUUCUGGGAGAACAUAACAUCAAACUCCUCAAGAGUCUUUUCUCAGAGGAUCAGAUGAAGAAAACAUCAGAUUGGUUGAUAGGGAAACUUUUGGACACUUUCCUUCAGCCUCAGAAUGAUGAUACAGACAUUGAUCUUCUCUUUGUGUGUCAGUGUUUGUAUGAGCUUCAGUCAUCUAAAGCUUGUUUAAUGUUCCUGGAGAAGAUGAACCAUCAGCUGGACCCUGAUAUUAAUCUGGACCCCCAUCAGUGUUGUGCUUUGUCUUAUGUGAUCAGUCAAUCCAGAGAUAAAGAGGUUUAUCUAAUUUGGAGGACUGCACCGUCUCUGACACAGGAAUGAAGAUGAUUCUCUCCUGCUCACCAAAGAUCAGAAUUAAACUUUGUAAUGAACCACUAAAGGAAUUACAAUGUUUACUACAGUUCUUCCAUAAAGUAUCACAGUGCAAACAGAACCAGCAGAAAGAUAAAAUUACAACAUCAUGCUGUUGCACCUACUUUGAUCCAAAUCCCUAUAAAAGACCAGAUCUAAGCAGAGCACUGCUGGAUCUUUGCUCACAUGUGAAGGACUAUGAGAGUCAAACAGGCAGGAGUUUCCUUCCAGCAUUACAGUCAGUUUAUAUACAGUCAGCACCUGAUGUCUGGAUCAUAAAUCUCUCAGAGAGAAAGACCUCCAUCCUCCUGGAAGUGCUGAAGCUUCAAACAGAGAAGAAACCAGUAAAGCUGAUAGACUGCACAGAUGAAGAGAGUCAAGUGAUGAGUUUACUUCACUGUCUGCCAUACAUCUCACAACUGAGAUUUCAUGUUGAUAAUACAAGUGCUGUGAUCAAAUUUGUGUUGAAACUCUUCAUUAAAGCAUCAGAAACUGAGGCACACACAGGAGAUCAGAUGCUGAAACGGUUGACAUCAGUCUGCACAUACAGAUAUUUUCCUUAUGAACAGAUUAAUUAUGCUGCUCAGAGUGAUUUUCUGCUGAAUCUUUGCUCACAUGUGAAGGACUAUGAGAGUCAAACAGGCAGGAGUUUACUUCCAGCAUUACAGUCAGUUUAUCAGUCACCUGAUGUCUGGAUCAUAUAUCUCUCAUUGAGAAAGACCUCCAUCCUCCUGGAAGUGCUGAAGCUUCAAACAGAGAAGAAACCAGUAAAGCUGAUAGACUGCACAGAUGAAGAGAGUCAAGUGAUGAGUUUACUUCACUGUCUGCCAUACAUCUCACAACUGAG